CAGGCGGUUGCUGUCAAAACAAAGAAAAGAGUUCACAAGAAUCGAAGGUCGCUGCAGUGAAAAACGGCAAAAUAGGCAGCUAACUCGUAUCGUACUCAAGUGCAAACCUUUAUCUGGUGUUGUGCCUGGACGCAAUCGCCAAAGAUACGACCGGAAGAACCGAUGGAGUCCCAAGCGUUUCAUCCUUGCGACGAGGCGGUCAUCGCGACUAACGAUGACGCGAGCAACUGCAAGCGAUCUGCCGUCAAAAUGGGCUACUGGAAGGACGAGUUCUUAGGCUACUUCGUGCGAAGUCCGGACCGCAAGGCACCGGAAAUAAACAGGGGCUACUAUGCACGGGUGAAGGGCAUCGAGAUGUGCAUCGAAAAGUUUUUCAAGAAAACCGGCGACAAGUGCCAAAUUAUCAACAUGGGUUGCGGCUUCGAUACGUUGUACUGGAGACUGCGAGAAUCCGGCCACAUGAUCACGAACUUUGUGGAACUCGAUUUUCCGGCAGUAACCUCGCGAAAGUGCUAUCAAAUCAAGCGUAAUAAAAUCUUGCUGGAGAAAAUUCACGUGGAGGAUGGCGAAGUGCGGCUAAGCCCAACGGAUCUCCACUCGACGAAUUACCAUAUUGUGGGUGUGGAUCUACGUAACAUCGAUGAGGUUGCGCAAAAGUUGCAACAUUCGGAGGUUGAUUACAGCAUCCCAACAAUCUUUCUGGCUGAGUGUGUCCUGGUAUACAUCGAGCCACAGAAUAGCAGCAAUUUGCUCAAGUGGCUCGCCUCCAAUUUCCAGUCCGCCGUGUUCGUCAACUACGAACAGGUCAACAUGAACGACCGCUUCGGUGAAGUUAUGCUGAAUAAUUUGAGACAACGAGGCUGCAGUUUGGCCGGAGUGGAGUUCUGCGUUUCGUUAGAGACACAGAUUUCCAGGUUUUUGAGUUGCAACUGGCAUGGAGCACGCGCGUGGGAUAUGGUGCAAAUUUACAGCAGUAUCCCGGCUGCCGAUCGCGCUCGUAUCGAGCGAAUUGAGAUGUUGGAUGAAGCAGAAUUAUUGAUGCAACUAUUCCAGCAUUACUGUAUUUCGGUGGCCUGGAUAGGUGAUCUCUUCCAAGAUAUUGAAAUCACCGUGGAAAAACGACUGUCAUCAUUAAACAUUGACUAAUCACAGAUGUUCAAUGCAUCCCUACUAUUCACGAUGUGUUGGCAAACACUCAACGUAUUUAUUUGUUUCCUAUUUGAUUUUAUUUAGUCCUUUAUCAACUACCUGAGCGAGUAACGUGAAAUUAAAACAAAAGUCUGUUAUUGUAAACCAUGUAGAACAUGUGUAACCUUGCUGUACUGUUGCAGAAUUUUGCGUUCUAAUUGUGGAAUUAUUUCUACCAAAAAUGUAAAGUUGUCAUUUACUUUCAAAGUCGAGCACAAAAACAAAUCAAAAAUAAAAGAUACCAAAAUGUUAAAAUAUCCUUGGUUUGAUCCCAUGCUGUUGCCUCACAAAUGUGGAGCACUGAUUGCCAACAAAAACUGUGCAAGACAUAUGACAAAAAACAAAAAUUCAAGUGUUGAAGUUGAACUAUUUAUCAGUGUAGUGUGAUGUUCUUACAACAACAACAAAUCAUAUAUAUAUUUAUCGAGAUAUGGUCGUACGAAAUAGAAACAUAUUUGUAAUAGAGGUGUUGCGAACUUAUUAUAUACACAUUAACUCUGAACCUCAAAACUUUUUUGGGACGGUCUGUAGAUAGAUUUUAACAAAUUAUUGAUUCUCCCAUCAGUAGUUCUCGAAGAGAAGUGGCAUUUGGAUCCGGACCGAACAGUCCGUGGAUCAAUCACCUCAUCCAUCACAUCACACCCACAUUGAUGACUGCAACCAUCCAAUAGUCACACAUGCACUCAUAUUUGAUGAUUCGAUUCUUUUGGGAUUCGUGUAACGUUUUAUCAAACUCUGUCAAAGACUUGUUGCCCUAAUCGUAACUAACGGAAAAUACAACUGUGAAAACUAA